AGUUGUUCAGCGGCUGCAGCAGCAGGAGCCACUGGGGAAAGCAGCAGCAGCAGGAGCCGCGCCUCCGGCACAGGCACCCACCGGCAUCGGCAGCGGCCAGCGGAGCGCAGUCCCAAAGACGCAGCGCUCGGCUUGGGGGCCCGUCCCGUCCCGCCGGGCGGCGGAGGCUGCCCUCGCCCGAGCUCUCGUUCUGCCUGCCCGGCUGCUGGCCCUGGCCCCGGCCCCGGCCCCGGCCCCGGCCCGUGCACCAUGGCUCCCUGGCUGCAGCUCUGCUCCUUCUUCUUCACCGUGAACGCCUGCCUGAACGGCUCCCAGCUGGCAGUGGCCGCCGGCCCCGGCAGGAGAGGGCCUCCCGGGGACACCUGCGGCUGGAGGGGAGUGGUACCAGUCGGCAGGAACAGUGGAAUGCCUAAUGUCACCUUUAAAUAUGACAACUGUACAACUUACUUGAAUCCAGUGGGAAAACAUGUGAUUACUGAUGUGCAGAAUAUCACCAUCAGCCAGUACGCCUGCUAUGACCAGGUGGCCGUCACGGUGCUUUGGACAGCAGGUGCCCUGGGCAUCGAAUUCCUCAAAGGAUUUCGGGUCAUCCUGGAGGAGCUGAAGUCGGAGGGGCGUCAGUGCCAGCAGAUGCUCCUGAAGGACCCUAAGCAGCUCAACAGUAGUUUUAAAAGAACCGGCAUGGAAUCUCAGCCUUUUCUGAAUAUGAAAUUUGAAACCGACUACUUUGUUAAGAUUGUCCCCUUUCCUUCCAUUAAAAAUGAAAGUAAUUACCACCCCUUCUUCUUCCGGACUCGACCAUGUGAAUUGCUGCUUCAGCCAGACAACCUGGCCUGUAAACCUUUCUGGAAGCCCAGGAACCUCAACAUCACUCAGCAGGGGCUGAAUAUGCAGGUGUCCUUCGACCGCGCCCCCCACAACUUCGGGUUUCGCUUUUACUAUCUUCACUACAAGCUCAGGCACCAAGGCCCCUUCAAACGCAAGACGUGCAGGCAGGAACAAAAUACAGAGAUAACCAGCUGCACUCUUCAGAAUGUCUCUCCGGGGGACUAUAUAAUUGAGCUUGUGGAUGACACAAAUACAACCAGAAAAAUGAUGCAUUAUGUCUUCAAGCCAGUGCAUUCUCCCUGGGCUGGGCCCAUCCGGGCCAUCGCCAUCACAGUCCCGUUGGUUGUCAUCUCUGCCUUCGCGACGCUCUUCACCGUCAUGUGUCGCAAGAAGCAGCAAGAAAAUAUAUAUUCACAUUUAGAUGAGGAGAGCUCGGAGUCCUCCACGUACAUGGCCGUGGCCCCUGGGGAGAGACUCCAUCCUCGGCCCAAAGUGUUCAUCUGCUACUCCAGCAAAGACUGCCAGAAACACAUGACCGUCAUCCAAUGCUUUGCCUACUUCCUGCAGGACUUCUGCGGCUGCGAGGUUGCCCUGGAUCUGUGGGAAGACUUCAAGACAUGCCGGGAGGGGCAGAAGGAGUGGGUCAUCCGGAAGAUCCGGGAGUCCCACUUUGUCAUAGUCGUGUGCUCCAAGGGGAUGAAGUACUUUGUUGAGAAGAAGACCUGUAAGCACAGGGGAGGGAGGCGAGGCUCCACUGACGGAGGCGAGCUCUUCCUGGUGGCCGUGGCCGCCAUCGCCGAGAAGCUCCGCCAGGCCAAGCAGAGCUCAGCCGAUCUGGGCAAAUACAUCGCCGUCUACUUCGAUUACUCCUGUGAGGGCGACGUUCCCGGCGUGCUGGACCUGGGCAUCAAAUACAAGCUCAUGGAUCACCUCCCCCAGCUCUAUUCUCACCUGCACUCUCGAGGUCUCAGCCCGCAGGAUCCGGACCUCUAUCCCGUCAACCUCAGCAAGAGGAAUUAUUUUCGGAGCAAGUCUGGCCGGUCUCUGUACGUGGCAAUCUGCAACAUGCACCAGCUUAUCGAUCAGGAACCCGACUGGUUUGAGAAACAGUUCCUUCCUUUCCCUCCUCCCCCGCUACAUUACCAGGAGCCCGUCAUGGAGAAAUUUGACUCUGGCUUGGUGCUGAACGAUGUCACCUGCAAGCAGGCGGCUGAAGGCGACUUCUACCUGAAGGCGGAAGCCGCGAUCCUUGGCGCUGGUGCUGCGGACUCUCGUUCGGUCCUGCCCCAUUUAAGCCUGGAAGAAGACGGGGACUCCCAGUACACUCAUGACGGCAGCUGCGUUCUCCGGCCCUUGUUGCACACUGUGAAGGCGGUCAGUCCCCCCGACAUGCCGAGGGAUUCUGGCAUCUAUGACUCUUCUGUGCCUUCAUCAGAGUUAUCGCUGCCUCUGAUGGAAGGACUUUUGAUAGACCAAAUGGAAACCUCCUCCAUCACGGGGAGUGUGUCUUCUUCUUCAGGCUUGGGUGAAGAAGAGCCCCCUGUCUUCCCUUCCAAGUGCGUCGACUCUGGAGCGUGUAAAGCUGGACUCAGUGGGCACAGUUUCACCGAUGAACUCCCAGUGGUUGGCCCGUUAUAACCCGACAGAAGAUUCUAAUGCAUUGCCACUUUAGCGACAGCGGACAGCGCCUGUGUGUCAGUCAACCCCUUGCCCCUCGCCCCGCCCCGUUGCCUACUUGAAGGAACGAACACCCUGCGUUUGGAUGUUUCGAGGGAGCUUUUGGCCAGUACCAGUUUUCUUGCCCCUCCCUCUGCCCUUGGGUUUGGUAAAACCCGUCAUCUGCAGACUCUUAAGAGGGCUUCGCAAGGGGAACCAGUAAGCACAGAAUGCCCAUUUCCCCACAUUAGCUUGACUCCUUUGACCAUGUUCACGUGUUCCUACCAUUUUACGUUUAUAACCCAUCCUUGGAUCUCUGACUAGGGCAGAAGGAAAGAGGCGUUAGAAAAGAAACAGCAUUCAGGGAGAGAGAGAAAUAGGGCUCUGUCUUCAUUAUGUCCUAGGUCCAUUUGGUUGUACUUAGCACAAAAGGAGAGAUGUGGAUUUUCAGUUGAAAUGACUGAUGGAACAAAAACCUUUAGUGAAAUCAUAGACAUAAGUUUUUCUGUGUCUAGAAUUGUCACCCACUCCCUGGGAAAUGUUCAUUUGAUAAAAGUAACAGGAAUCUUCACCUACAUAAUCAUAGAUACACACAUACACACAUGACUUGUAAAAACUAAGUUUGGACAGGCAAUACAGUGUAGUACAAUUUGUUGUGAAUUUGGAGCCUUAAGGGCCUGGAUUCACCAUCACUUACUACGUGUGUGACCUUUAAUAAGCCCCUUGCCCCCUCCUCCGGGCUUCAGUUUCCUCAUGUGUAAAUGAUGGGUGACCUCUGAAACAUCUCUUCCAGCCAUUAAUCUAUGAUCUUUCGAGACUGAGAAUGAUUGGAAAUGUGUGUCUGGAACCAGCCCUUGUCUAGUGCAUGACCAUUCUCUGUGUGCCCCUUCAAUCCAUGACCAAUCAUGAUUCCACUAAGUCAAAGGUCAUGUGGGCAUAUGUUUGUUUUUAUUAAAAAGAUGACGGUCUCGAAGUUGGAAAGGACCUCAAAGGUCACCUAAUCUAGCCCUUUAUCUGACUCAAGGGUUAGUUCUACUGUAUUCUCAACAAGUCAUCAUCUAUCUGGUCUCUGCCUGAAGACUACCAGAGGGGUAAGCAGAGAGCUCCUGAGGCAGCCCGCUCCAUGUUAGGACAGCUCUGUCCCUUAAGCUUUUCUUGACCUCAUGCCUAAAUCCUCCUCUCUACUAGUUUUGCUGGGUGGGGGGGGCAAGCAGAACAAAGCUAAUCCCUCUUCUAUGGGACAGCCCUUUACUUGCUCAAAGACAGCUCUCCUGUCCCCACUGAGUUUUCUUUUCUCCAGAUUUAGCCUCCUUGUUUCCUCUGACAUAUCCUUAUACGUCAUGAUCUCAGGUCUUUUCAUCACUUGGGUCGCCCCCUUGUGAUGCUGGGUCCAUAUCUUUCCUAGAAUGGAAGCGCAGUCCACCACGGGCUACACAGGGGAGAGGAGAGAGGAACCUCUCUCAUUCAGAACACUUGGCCUCCUUCACGCAGCCUUGGAGAGUGUUUACUUAUCUUGCUCCAAUGUCACACUGUUGACUUGUGCCCCCCAAUUCCCUGGAUCUUUUUCACUGAAACCAUCUAUUUUCUAACCUUAGCUCAUCAACCUGUGCUUGGGAAGUUGAUUUUUUCAGCUAGUGUCCAGCUUUGUUCCUGUCAAGUUUUAGCCUAUCUGAAUUCAUCCAUUGUUCCAGCCUCGUGAGGUUUUGUUAAAUCCUGUCAUCCAGUGUGAUGGCUGUCCGUCUCAGCCUUGUGUCAUCUGUCAGUCUGCCAAGAGUGCUUUCUGUACCUUCCUCCAGUAAAAACCAGCAAUCAGAAAAGGGACGCGGCCAUAUUCCUAUGGCCCCUCACCAUCCCCAUUGACCUUGACCCUCAUUACAACUCUCUAAGCCCUAGCUAGUAAUUCAGCCAGGGCCAAAUCCAUCCAAUUAUGCCUCCAUCCAGCCCACAACUUCCCAUCUCAUCCACAAAGACAGUGUAACUCACUUAAUGGUCUGCUCAUGCCUAAGUGAACUGUGUCUUUGGCAUUCCUGUGGCCUAAGGGUCUGGUUGCUGGUAUCAGAAGAGGAAAUGAGACCAGUCUGGCAUGACCAGCUCAUGAUGAAGCCGUGGUUCACAAACCAUCUCUUUAGGAUUAUAUUACAGAAUGUUGCCAGGAAGGCCCUUCUUUCUCUCUUUAAGGCUUUAAUUUUUUCAGUAAAUAUUUUUUUCCUUCCAUCUUCUUAACUACCCCCACCCCCCACUGGAAGACAAAAAGAAAGGGGAAGAGACCCUUAUAACAAAUACACAGUCAGGUAAAACUGAGUCUUGCAUCGGCCACGUCCAAAACCUGUUGGUCUCGUUCUGCACCGAGUCUGCCACCUCUUUGUCAGGCCAUGGGGAGCAUCAGCCCUCCAGAAUCAUGGCUGGUCACAGUCUUGAUGAGGGUCAAGAAAAAAGCGUCCUUCUUUCGGUGCCUUACCAUUUUAUGUCUUUAGCAUUCAAUGUCAGGCUUAGGUAUUCCUGGUCCUUCGAUCUACCCCUUCACCUCCAUGCCCAUGUAAUUGUGCCAAAGUCAGCAUUGGUCUGUUUUCAGGUUCUAAAACUGUUGACCCUCCAAUGAUAAGAAUGGAAAUUCUACAAAAUACACCAGAAUGGCUUGAAAUUAUUGCCUUAGCUGUUGAAUGGAUGUGCUUGGACUGAGGCAAUUUUUUUUAAGGACAGAAAGUUAAUGAUUAUCUUUCUGCAUCACCCAAUACAUUGCUGUUGCUAAAGAAAGCAACACACUUAGAUCUACUGACUUUGAAGAAUCUUAAAACCAACAACCUUCCCAAAAAGAUGCUUUUGGACCAGUUGUAACAUUUUUCUCCCUGAUGACCUGCUCAAGGAAAGAUUCCAUUCACAUCUUCUACCCAGCAAAUUGGGGAUUUGAACCUUGUAGGUGAGAAACUGCUUUGGAAGGGUCAGAUAACAGGCAAAUCAUGACAUAAUUUCUGUUUUCCAGGCCAGAAUGUAUUUUCAGUCUUUUUUGUUGAGUCACAUGUGUUCUGCAGCAGCUCAGGUGCAGCUCAGGUGUCCAUUGAUUUCCCAGUGAUACUGUUGUUCCCCAACUUGCAGUCACUGGUAGCAUUGUUGAAUUAUUGCCAUUUUGAGAAUCAGAACUAUGUAUUUCCAAUCUUCAUGACAGUGUCAGGUGGGGGACAUAGCAGAAAGAGAAAGAAAGAGCCGGAAUAAUGAGAACCUUCCCUCCUCCCCUGGGACUCACCAGAAGCAAGAGGGAAGAGGAAGGGGAGGCAGACUUUCUUGUCUCCCCAUGUGCAAGUAAUGCAGCUGUUUAAGCCAUAAACUCUUGGGGAAAAGAGCUUGUAUCCAAGAUCUCCCUAAUGCAAGUGAUUGGCCCCGGGCUUUUUGUCCAGGCAGCUGGUAGCCUCCAGUUACAGGAACGUGUUUAUCUCUUCUCUGGCAUCAGAUAUGUGGCCAUGUGCAGCUGCUUGGAUAUAGUCAAGUUGCCUGAUGAAAAGCAACAGGUUUUCUCAUAAAGUGAUAUAUUUGAUUGAAAGAUAGAUAGACUCACUCCCUUUACCUGCCCCCCCACCCCGUCCCACUGCUACCCUUGUGCUAGCCUUGAGAAUCAGAGUUUUGCUCCCAACAUGGUGGCUACAUAGCCCAUUUGGAAGGUGGAGUGUUUUUGUCUUGAAGUCCAAGAAUGCCCUACAAAACAUACAAUGGCAAAGGGGGGAUUUUUAUCAAAUUUUUCCACAAAGCAAAUGACUGCCACUUGGUAUAUAUUAGAAACUGCCAUUUUUGUAUUCCCAGCACAUAGCUCAAUGUGGGGGAAAUAGUGAGUACUAAUAAGUACUAAUUGACUAAAUUGAGGGGAAGGUUCUGCAUCAAAAUGUUUCUGAUAAAAGUCUGAUAUCCAAGAUUUGUAGAGAUUAGAUAAAAUAUAGAAGACCAAGAAUCAUUCUCCAGCAGGUAAGCAGCCAAAAGAUGAAAUCUCCAAAAGAAAUGCCAACAGUCAGCAAUAAGAGAAAUGCAAAUUAAAACACCUUCAGUGAGGAUGGAUUGGGUGAAGGUUUGACAUGGCCCAGCCACUUGAAAAACCAAAUUUAAUUCCUUUUAUGGCCUUGUUAGGUGGACAGUUUCUUAACUGUGGCAAACAAAUAUAGAAGACCUAAAAACAGGGACCCACUUCUACAAAGGUUUGAGUCCAAGAGGACAUGGACUUAGCUUGACCAAAAGCUACUAAUAGAAGAUAGCAACAUAAGGAGGUUCUGUGGGUUUCCAAGUCACCUGGUCCAUGCUGGUCAUUGGCACAGUAGCAUGUAGAGUCAGUUAAUGCACCCAAGGAGACCCCAACUAUCUUAUUGGGGAUAGCAGAUAAUUUUAAAAGGUUCCCUUUGGUUUGGGACGUGUCUUGGUAUUUUAUAUGUAGUAUGGGUGAUUCUGAGGCCCUGGGAAUUCAAUUUGUUUUGGUUUGGUUCAGACCUGCGAUUUUAAUUUAUGGGGGAACUCUUACAUUGCCACAUUGGCAUCCUUUUUGUAGCUUAAUAGUCUUAGAGUUUUCUGGGGAACUGAGAUGUUAAGUGACUUAGUCUCAGCAGCAGGACACAAAACCUGGAUCCCUCUGACUCCGAGGCCAGUCCUUUAACCACUGUGCCAAAUGUGUACAAAAUAACAAAACCUCAUUAUAGAAAUCUAAUUCAGGUAGAGCUGAAAAACAAAACCUAAUUAUGCAAUUUCCCAGUCUUGAUCUUUUUGUUUUCAUUCUUCAUCUUCACCAAGACCUACCUGGGGAUGGGGCAGUGUCUUCUCUCCCAGGUUUAAAGCCAGAGCUGCCUUCGGGUCAGCUCCCCCCAGAAAGGGAAAUAAUGAUGAGUGAUGGAGUGAGAGGAGUCAGAUUCUCAGUGAGCUCUAGACUUCAUAUUUAUUCUUACUCUCCCCAUUCUGAGAGAAAGUUAAUACUGUUAAAAGGAGUUCACUAGUAGGUUAAAUCAACAUGAACACAAGAUUGCUUGUGGGGAUAAGGUCCUGACCUGAACUGGUCGUGUUUCCCCAGAAGUGUUGUUAUUUAGAAGGGAAAUUUAGAAAAGGAAGUUAUGAGGACAACCUGAAGGCAUUUAGGAAAUGGCAGUCCUGUAUAGAGAGAGAGGGUCAUAAGCUGUUGAUCUUAAUUCAUCUCUCUAUAUAAUAUUUGUUGACCUCCUGUGAAGAGGUAUAGGAGGCUAUGGGUGGAUUCCAAUUUCUGCCACGUGAAAGAGUACUGACUUCAGUAAGAUAAGAGCUAUAACUAAGGUAAGACAACCAGCAUUUUGCCCUCGGACGCCAUAUCUAGAGGGUGCUGAUAGUACGUGUUUUUCCGAAGAGUUUAGCUUAGUAAGAAGAACUGAUAAAAUAGAACAUUGAAGCUCAGUACUAACUUGCUGUGGAUAUUUUCAUUCCUAUAAAUCCCUUUUAUCGAGGAUUUUGAAAUAAUCCUGAAUGAGUCAUUGAAAAGGGUUCAGAGGCUUUCCUCAGACUCUUUUUCAUUCAGCAUCCAAGCAAUCUGUUGGUAAAGAAGUUAUUUCAGUAGUGUUAUGUUGUAGUAUAGCCAUUCAUGUAUAGAAUUAUGCACUUUGCAGACAGUAAGCUCCCUGAGGGCAGGGAUAGGAUAGUGCUCCCCAGGCAGCGAGUGCUAAAGGGCGCCUGUGGAGUGAGCCUCAUGAUUGCAACAUGGCACAUGUAUCAUGCCCUGCUGAUUCUGGCAUGGAAUCGAACACACACUGGGGUCUCCUCAUAAAACCCUGACAGCUGCGGUCCCUAAUUCUCAGUAUUUCUGGGCAAGUAAACUGUGGCCUCGUUUUCAUCAUGAAUCAACUUGACCCCACCCAGCAGGUUUUGAUGUUGUGGAAUUCCAUUGGCCCAGUGGGUAACGGUUGGGGUGGGGAGUAUGCAACACUGAGCUAUCAUACCGCGAUCAAUGAGAUGUGCUCUAGUGCCUAAUAUAAACUUUUGGAUUGUCUCCCAGAGUGCCCCUCUGUUUGUGCAGAUAUGGAACCCUUGAUUUCUCAAUAUGACCCAACAUAAUACAAUAUAAACAUCUCCCCGAUGCUUCCUUUGAUAACACAUGCAAAAUAACCUUUCUCAACAAGCUUUUUAAGCCAAAUUGGAAAUUAUUAUGAGGUGUUAGGUUAUUAAUGCCGUAUUAUCUUCCUUCCCCCAGCAGAUGGAAGCAAAGGGAGUGGGCUUACUGUAAGUAAAUCUCUUUGAUUCAGAUUUCGGAAUUGUGGGUUUCGGAGAGUGGCCUAACCUUGCCUUUGGGUAGGGCGGCACCUGGACUGUCUCAGACAUAUGGAUGGGCAUCCUCAUCUAGAUUUUCAGAAGACAUUCUACAGCUGUUUCCAAUAACCAAGGCUGUUCUCUGACCCGCCCUUCUAGACGGGAACAUCUUUGUCCAUAUGGGCUCCUUAGAGAAAUUGAAACUGUCUUUCUUUUGUUCUCAGCAGCUGGGCCCUUUCCUCCCUUGGGAGAACCAUUAGUGAGUCCUGCCCUUCUUAUUUCAGGGAUAAAGAAGUCCACCAACUUGAAUUCAUAAUACCUGUGUUGAUGCCUCGGGACUUUUCACUCUUCCUGCUAUUUCCUUUUUCACCCAAAGUCCAACCUCCCAAAUUGGACACAGUGCCUUACUUGAGUAAGUAUCUGGCUGAUGCUGAGCAUGCUGGGAGGAGUGCUAAAAGAAAUCAAAAUCCCAGGCUCGGAAGGCUCCUCUGGUAGCCAUCUAGACCAACAUUUAAUGGGAAUAGUCCUCUAUCCAGCACACCCAGUGAAGCCAUCGAGCCUUGCCUUGCCUUGCAGACCUCCAGUGAGGGGUAACUCGCUACCUCCAGAGGCAGCCCUUUCCACUCUGAAAUACUCUCAGCUUUUUGUAAGGUUUUGCUGGUGUCAAGCCAACAUCCUCCCCUAUGCAAUUUCCAUCUUUUGGUCUUCAUUCUGACCCCUGGGGCCAAGGAGAACCACUCUGAUGCCUUUCAAGUACUUGGAAACAGCUCUUGGGUCCUUCUUGAGUCUGCUCUUUUUCAGGCAAACAUCCUUCAAGUGGUCCUGUGCUGUGAUCGCAGUCACCUGCCUGGUCACUCUCCUUGGAAUGGCCUGAGGGUUGUUAAUAUUCUUGCAGAAAUGCGAUAUCCAGAAAUCUUGACUUGUGACACAUUGGGCCAGGGCAGAGUACAGAGAGACCAUCAACUCCUCGUCAAUUAAGUUUACAACUUAGACAGCUGUAUAGACCCAUGCCUCUCCAUGUCAUCUAAAUUCUCAUCACCUUCCAUGUCACACUGCUGACUCAUAUUUAGCUUGUGGUCCGCUAAGAACUCCACCUCUAUCUUUGUCAGAUGAACCAUGGUCUAGCCAUUCUUUCCCCUCCCCCAACAUACAGCAGUUUUCUGGGACUCCACAAAUUCCGUUAAAAUUUUCUUCUGAGACCAGCAAGCAGUAAAAACUCUUGUUAAAGAAAAAAACCAAAUAUGUUAAUAUGCAUUUUAGAGACUAGCUAACUACUAUUUUCUUUAUGUUAGUAAAAACCAGAAAUUUUCAGAGGUUAAAAGCAUGUUUGUUAAACUCUAGGAGGAAAAAUGAACCUUGUGGAUGAAUGAUGAUCUUUUCAUCCUGAGGUUUCUAUUCUCUGUGGAAGAAAAAUAGCAAGAUUGGACUGAGAAAUAGGCUUUAUUUUUACAUUGAAAAAAAUUAAUAAUUUUUUCAUUUGUUUUGUAAAUAAUUAUGUCCAUGUUUGACAAUAGGCAGUGACUGAUGUUUGUAAGAUGUACUUUUUGUACCUUAGAAAGUUUGCAUCGAAUAA